AUGUCAAAACCAACAACUAUCAAAGAUGCUAUCAAAAGAUGGGAAGAAAAGCAUCCUGGGGAAUCUAUAAGUGAAGCAACAGAAGUAGGAUUUCAGUUCCAAUGGCCUCCUAUAGAAAAAAUGGAUAACUCUUUAUCAGCCUUAACAAAGGUUAGGAAACUCAGUCUAUCUACAAACAUGAUAGAAAAAAUAGCUGGUUUGAGUGCUCUGAAGAAUCUGAAAAUCCUCUCCUUGGCAAGAAACUACAUCAAAUCUUUCUCAGGCCUUGAAGGUGUAGCUGACACCCUUGAGGAGUUGUGGAUCUCCUAUAAUUUGAUUGAAAAAGUAAAAGGUUGUCAGGUCUUGAAGAAGCUAAAGGUUCUAUACAUAGGCAACAAUAUGAUAAAAGAAUGGGGAGAAUUUAUCAAGUUCCAGGACAUGCCAGCGUUGGAAGAUAUUCUAUUCAUAGGCAAUCCUUUGGCAGACAAUAUGGAUGAAGCUUUAUACAGAAAUGAAGCUCUGAAAAGAUUACCCAAUCUGAAGAAAUUAGAUGGUGAACCUGUUGUAAGGGAUGAUGAAUAGCCAAGUUUCUUUAUAACCUUUUAUGAAAUAAAGUAUGUUAUGAAAAAACAUAUUUAUUCAACAAAUAUAAUUGUACUAGAGCAGACAAAAAUAGAACCUGUCUGAUCAAGAAUUAAAAAAAG